AUGCCCGAGGGUUGGUCCGGGCGGGGCGGCGCUGGAUGGGUCCGGCUGACCUCGGGGACCCGGCCAGGGUCUCACAACCUCCAGGGAAUGAUUGGCUGCGAUGUGGGGCCGGAUGGGAGCUUCCUCCGCGGGUAUCUCCAGUUCGCCUAUGACGGCAAGGAUUACAUCUCCAUGAACGAGGACCUGCGCUCCUGGACCGCCGCGGACCCGGUGGCUGAGAUCACCCAGGGCAAGUUGGAGGCGGCCAACGUGGCGGAGCAAUCGAGAGCUUACCUGAAGGGCGAGUGCGUGGAGUGGCUCCUCAGAUACCUGGAGAACGGGAAGGAGAGGCUGCAGCGCGCGGAGCCCCCAAAGACACACGUGACCCACCACCCCAUCUCUGACCAUGAGGCCACCCUGAGGUGCUGGGCCCUGGGCUUCUACCCUGCGGAGAUCACACUGACCUGGCAGCGGGAUGGGGAGGACCAAACUCAGGACACGGAGCUUGUGGAGACCAGGCCAGCAGGGGAUGGAACCUUCCAGAAAUGGGCAGCUGUGGUGGUGCCUUCUGGAGAAGAGCAGAGAUACACGUGUCAUGUGCAGCACGAGGGACUGCUGGAGCCCCCGACCCUGAGAUGGGAGCCAUAUUCCCAGUUCACCAUCCUCACUAUGGACACCAUUGCCUGCCUGGCCAUCCUGGGAGCUGUGGUCAUCGGAGCUGUGGUCGCUGAUGUGAUGUGAAGGAGGUUGAGCUCA